AUGAUCGGCAGCAUCGUGUCGCUCGCGUUGGUUUGUGCGUGCGUCGCGUCCGAGUACGAAUAUCUAAGCUGGCGAUCAGACGCAUAUAACGGGGGUCGCGGUUACGGCAAGCCCCCCCAGUGCGUGGACAUCCCGGACGACCUGCGCCUGUGUCACACCGUGGGGUACUCGCAGAUGCUGCUGCCCAACCUGCUGGACCACGAGAGCAUGGCAGAGGUGAAGCAGCAGGCCAGUAGCUGGGUGCCGCUAGUGCAUAAGAGCUGUCACCCCGGCACACAGGUCUUCCUCUGCUCGUUGUUCGCACCCGUGUGCCUGGAGAGACCAAUAUAUCCGUGCCGCUGGUUGUGCGAAGCGGUGAGAGACGGCUGCACCCCCAUCAUGGAGGCUUUCGGCUUUCCCUGGCCCGAGAUGCUCACCUGCGACAAGUUCCCGCAGGAUGAUGUGUGCAUCGCCAUGACCCAGCCCAACGCAACGGAGGCCACGAUGCCCACAGGAUACUCCCCGGUCUGCCCGCCCUGUGACAACGAGAUGAACACCGACACCAUACUGGAGCACAUGUGUGCCAGUGAAUUUGCGUUCAAAGCCAAAAUCAAGGAGGUGAAGCGUGAAAACAUGGAUCGUAAGGUAAUCCUGCAGAAGCGCAAGAAAAUGAUCAAAAUGGGCACACUGAAGAAGAAAGAUCUGAAGAAGCUGUUCCUAAACCUGAAGAACGGAGCAGAUUGUCCCUGUCAGCAGCUGGACAACCUCAGCCCCCAGUACCUCAUCAUGGGACGCAAGGUGGACCAGAGUUUCCUCCUGACCGGCAUCCACAAGUGGGACAAGUCCAGCAAAGAGUUCAAGAAGACCAUCAAGAAGCUCAAGACCUACAAGUGCCCAGCGUAUGAGAACGUCUUCUAG